ACUCCGAUCGAACCGUCAAUAUGGCCGCGGCCGAUGUUCGCGACAUGCUGGAUUUGCCCGCAGAAGGGCAACCCAGACCACACAAGAAGCAGAAGGUGGUCGAAAAGCGACCAGAGGGCAUUACCCGUGAAUUGUACGCGCUACUGGGCGAAAGGGCGCCACCAAUCGCCAUUAAUGAGAACAAGUACAAGGGCCGUCCAAAAUGGAUGAACAAGCUGCGCGUUCGACCAUGGAGCAUGACACCGUUCACGAACAAUGCCCGUUCGGACGGCCUGGUUUUGAACCACUGGCAGAGAAAACACGAGUCGGCGCGACCACCUGUUCCCGCACCUGCACCCGCACCCUCAGAAUCCCAGAUGGAAGUGGAUCAGCCCAAGCAAGAAGAGAAAGAGGACGUACCGAAACUGCCAGAGCAGGAAUAUGCCUUCGCCAAGUACAACGUCAAACCGCGCUUGCCCCGUCGGUACACAGACGACGAGUACAAUCGACAUCUUCAAAGUGAUGACUGGUCGCGCGAGGAAACAGAUUAUUUGGUGGAUCUCGUCACGGAAUACGACAUUCGCUGGGUGCUGAUCGCAGAUCGUUAUGACUACCAACCACGAAUGGACACACAGCCGGAUGCGAAUGCCCUUGUUCCUGCGAAACACCAUCGGACAAUGGAGCAGAUGAAAGCGCGAUACUAUUACAUUGCUGCAACAAUGCUCUCACUAGAACACCCACCCUCAGAGAUGUCUGAGGCCGAGUUCGAUCUACACGAAAAGAUGCUCAAGUUCGACCCCGACCGAGAGCGCGACCGUAAAGAACUAGCCGCCCUUCAGCUCAACCGCACAGCCGACGAGGUCCGCGAGGAGGCAAUGCUACUCGAAGAAUUGAAGCGCAUCACAAGCAACGAGCAGAACUUCAUCACCGAACGCCGAGAACUCUACUCUCGCCUCGAGGUUCCCAUCAGCGUCGGCAACACCACAAUGUAUCAGUCCAGCGCGGGUCUUUCCCAGCUCUUGCAGACUCUACUGCAAGCCGAUAAGAGCAAGAAACGCCGCUCCAUCCUCGGCGAUGGUGCCAUCCCAAGUCCUGCCGGUCAGACUCCAACUACCGCAGGUGGCCUAGGCCGAGCCGAGACCCCCGUGUCACAGGCCGCAAGCAAGAAGGGAGCUAUUGCAUCAAAGGAGAUCAAUCAAAUGGUACGCACGCUCACCCCAGCGGAGGAAGCAAAGUACGGCGUCCAGCAUCACGAGCGUGUCUCCGCAGGCGUGCAAUUCCGCAGCGACCGUGCGCAGCGACUCACGCAGGCCAAGUCCAACGUGCAAACGCAGAAACUGGCCAAUGCUCUAUCCGAGCUUGAGAUCCCUGUGCGCCUGUUCAUGCCUACUGAGCGUGUAUGCAAGGAUUUCGAGAAACUCAUUCAGUCUGUCAACAUGCUUCUCGACGCGCGCAAGGUGUCCGAAAAAGUUGAAAGUGAGAUCCGUGUACUUGAAGCCGCGAAAAUGGAGCGCGAGCGCAAACUACGAGAAGCUGCUGGUAUCACGGGGCCAAGUGCUGACCCCGGACAUCCCCAUGUGAAGAAAGAGACUGAAGACGGCGAUGCUGGCGUUUUGGGUCAUUCUACUGCCCCACAGAACACACAGGGGACUGGUGCUCAACAAGGGAUGGUAAUCACAAGCGGUCUGCUAGUGUGCUCAGUGGCGCAAGCGACAAGAGCAACAAGCGGCAGAGGAGAUAGGUGA